AUGGCAUCAUUUGAGGCGACCAUUAGCCUGAAUAACUCUCGGGCAGCGUUCAUCGAACGCGUUUACAAGGAGCUGCUCACAGAAGAGGCGAAAAGCCUCACAAUCUCCAAUCUCCAGGGUAAACUCGAGAUCCUGGAGACCUACUGGGAAAAAUUCGAGAGCACUCAUGAGAAGCUCAUCGCUGGCAGCGGCAAGAUCGAAGGGAUCCUUGAAUUGCCGUACUUCAAGGACCAUCGGUUCGACAUUACUAUCGGGCAUUAUCAUGAGGCAAGGGGUAUUUUAAGCCAGCUCAUUGAUAAAAGGGGGAUCUCAGGUUCAUCUCGUCGGUCUCUCGCGUCUGGGACGGCUCAGCCCACAUACUCCAAGCGUUAUCUCCCUGAGAUUUCUCUGCCCAAGUUCGGAGGGGCCUAUGCGGACUGGCGCUCGUUCCGCGAUCUUUUCGCGUCUCUGGUCGGCUCGAAUACGGAUCUAUCCAACGUGGAGAAGAUGCAUUAUCUUCGUACUAGUCUCUCAGGGGAGCCAGCUCAACGCAUCGCGAAUCUUACGAUCUCGGAUGAGUCAUUCUCGAUUGCAUGGGAACUGCUCUUGUCUCGCUACGAGAAUAAGCGACUGCUCAUUUCAGCUCAUUUGGAACAGCUCCUCAGUCCCCCAACCAUGACUUCUCACAGUGCCAAAGAGCUCAAUGCCCUGCUCACUGUCACCUCUGAGGCACUUAACGCUCUGGAGGCUCUCGGCUCCCCAACCUCCCAGUGGGACCAGGUGAUCGUACAUACGGUCUCGCAACGGCUCAGCUCAAAGCUUCGUGAAGCCUGGGAGGUCAAGGUCGGUUCAUCGGCGGAGUAUCCUUCAUACAAGGACUUCAAGGAUUUCCUCACUGGGAGAGCUCGCGCGAUGGAGAGCAUCGAGAUUAACUCGGUUCCUCGUGCUCCUGCCACAAAGCCCUCCAAUGUCAGCUCAUCCAAGCAGUCGACCGCUGCGAAGGUUCACCACGGCACCGCUCAACCACCACAAAAAUCGAGGCCAGCUCCCAAGUCCGCUCCAUCGGGGAAGGUCACGUACCCGUGCUCGAUGUGUGAGGCAGACCAUUACCUCACAUCCUGCUCAUCCUUCCGUCAACUUUCGGUAUCAGCUCGUAGGGAGGUAGUAGAGCGUCGCUACCUCUGCUACAAUUGCCUUGGUCGGCACUCGGUGAGGGACUGCAGGUCCAAGACCAAGUGCCAGUAUUGCGGGGGCCUCCACCACUCGAUGCUCCACAACCAGCCAUCGAGUCAGCCUCAACGUCCAGCUCAGCAGAGGCAACAGACCAACUCAACCCAGCAAAAUGCCGUUCCGGUGGUGACCUACACCCACGAGAACGACAUCCCCAUGGUGGUCACCAUUCAGAUUCCGGAUCCGCUCAAGACUUCCGCCCUGGGGUCCUUCUGGCUACCAGCCUUGCGCUUUUGGUACGCCCAGAUCAGCCAGCUCAUCAGCUCAGAGUUUCUGCCUAUGCUCUCGGCCAGCUCACAACCUCAUUACCGACAUUCUCACCAAGUCAGCUCACAUGGGAUCAUCUGGAAGGACUCCAGCUCGCUGAUCCCGAUUUUCUCAUACCAGCACCAAUUGACAUCCUUCUUGGCGCUGAUUUCUAUUNCACCAAGUCAGCUCACAUGGGAUCAUCUGGAAGGACUCCAGCUCGCUGAUCCCGAUUUUCUCACACCAGCACCAAUUGACAUCCUUCUUGGCGCUGAUGUCUAUGGACAACUCAUCUUACCACAAGUCAUCACCAACGGACCAAACUCACCAUCGGCUCAGCUCACGCGACUUGGAUGGAUCGUAUUCGGACCAACGGAAGGUCCUGAUACUACUCAAGUAGCAACUUCUCAUCUAACGGUCACCAACGAGGAUCUCAACGAACUGCUCACCAAAUUCUGGAUCCAGGAAGAGAUCCCUGGGACACCAGAGGUUCAGCUCAACGAGAAGGAAGCGCAGUGUGAAGAACACUUUCAAUGGACCCACUCACGAGAUGCAUCUGGCCGCUACAUUGUUUGGAUACCGCUCAAAUCUCCAGUUUCCUCGCUAGGAGAUUCACGAUCGUCUGCACUCGCUUGCCUCCAUCGUCUGCUCAGGAAACUCUCACGUGAUGAGGUUUAUCGUCAGCUCUACACGGACUUCCUCAGGGAAUAUGAAGAGCUCGGCCACAUGCGUCGAGUCUCCGGACAGCUCGCUAGAUCAGCUCAUCAGCGCUAG